UUCUUUGAGAACAAAAUGAAUCUCAUCCUCUUGGCAGUCCUCCUGGCAGUGGGCGCCACGGUCAGUGAUGCCAGCCCCCGAUCCGUGCUGCAGUUCCGAAACAUGAUCAAGUGUGUCAUCCCUGAAAGUGACCCCCUGAAGGACUACAACAAUUAUGGCUGCUACUGUGGCCUGGGAGGGUACGGCACCCCCGUGGACGAAUUCGACCAGUGCUGUCAGGUACACGAUAACUGCUAUUCUCAAGCCAAGAAGCUAUCUAGUUGCAAGUUCCUCCUGGACAACCCCUACACCAAGCAUUACUCCUACAGCUGUUCUGGCAAUGAGAUUACCUGCAGCAGCAAAAACAACGAGUGCAAAGCCUUCAUCUGCAACUGUGAUCGCACUGCUGCCAACUGCUUUUCCAAGGCCAAGUACAACCCAGAGAACAAGAACCUGGACACCAAGAAAUACUGCAAGACCGACUAGCAACACUAGGCUCGCUGCCCCC